AUGAGCAUCACCGAUCGACCAGAAAUCUGCGCGGCUCUUACGGUGGUCUAUGCCCCGACAUCGUCGAACACUGACCGGCGUGCGGCCAACGAGUUUCUGGACCAAUACCAGCGCACGGCGCCCCUCGACCAGGCCCUAGCCUUCGCGGCCUUCUCCGGGCUGGCGUCCAAUCUGCACCUCCGGCACUUCGGCUUGCACAUUCUCGAGUCGGCCAUUCGAAGUGACCGCUGGACGAGCCUGACCGAUGCCGAGCGCGGAGCCCUACAAGCUGGCGUUCUGUCGCUGAUGCGUUCGGGAACCGCACCUCUUCUGGAGGAGCCUGCCUACAUCCGGGAAAAGCUGGUCCAAUGCGCGGCGGACCUGGCCCGGCGUCAAUGGCCCCAGAGCUGGCCCGAUCUUUUCCCCCAAUUGGAGGAGCUUUUUGCCUUGGGCCCCACCCAAGCCGAGCUGUCGCUCGGCGUCCUCCGCUGCAUGGGCCAAGAUGUUUUUGAUACAUACGAGGGGGCGUCCUCGGCCCUGGCCUCCAUCGAUGCCAGCCGUCGGCGCGAUCUCAUGCAGGGCAUGAUUGCCACCGCCGACCGGGUGAUGAGCUCGCUUGGAGGCAUGCUGAGCAAUCAUCUGUCCGCAUAUGCCGGGAUCUUGGCUGCCGGUCCACUUGGCACAACCCCGGACCUCCGCGCCACCGCCGACACGCACUAUCGCAUGGCGCUUGCCCUGCUCGGGGUUCUGGCCGCCUAUGCCCCCUGGGUGCCCUCGCCGCUGCUCUUCCGGGAUCUGGCUGACUCGCGGCCCGCCGGGCCCGACAACAAGCACCCCCGGCCGGAAAACAUUGUCGGGCUCAUUUGCCGAGCCCUGGUCCUUGCGGCUGACAUCUCCACGUCCACCAUCCUCGCCUCGACACAGGAGACCAGCCUCAGCCGGGCCGCCACCGAUGUUCUCCUCUUGCUGUCGACGCGCAAAUUGUCGCCCAGCGUCACGCCCGACCAGGCGGCUCUCCUGCAUCCGGGUGAGGACGCACGUCAUGGCUUCCUCCGCUUGCUGGACGAGCUUCCACUUUUGCGCCAGUGUCUGGCCAUCUAUCGCGCCGGCGGAGCCACCGACCCCGAUAGCCCGGGCUACCUGUUUGAGAAGCGCAUCGCCAUGGUCCUGUGCAAUUUCGGCCUCAACCAUCUCCUGGUCAAGUCGUCGGUUGAUCUGCCCCCGGCGCCGGCCCCCUCGUCCAGCGCGUUGACCAGCUCGCGUAUCGACGAGUUCCACCUUUUGGCCCUUGAUCUGUUCGCGCACCCGAGCCGGCUGGUGUCGUCCAUGCUUUCUCAGUAUUGGCUGGCUGCGUUGCGAGCCCUGGCCCAGGCCCUCGGCGGCCAGGGCCCCGUUCUGUCGCCGUCGGUGGUCACGGUCAUUGGCAGAAUCACCCCCCUCCUGCCGGGCCUGGCUUGUGGCGCUGCUGACAAGGUUUUCAAGAUUGGCGACCCGGAUGCCAAUGUCCCGGAUGCCACCGGGGCUUUGGCCGCACCAAAUCCCUUCAGCGGAAGCUGUCUCUUCCCUGUCCUGGUCCCGGGGACUGGCCUGGCGCCGACCACAUUGCACCGGGACUGGUGCCUGGCAACCGCCUACUCAGAUGCGGACUUCGACUCGACUUCCGAGUUCCAGAGCUUCUUCUCGGUCUACCGGCAGUCGGUGCACGAUAUCAUCCGCACCCUGUCCCAGGUGACACCCAUGUCCACUAUCCAGGUGUGUGGCGAAAUCCUUGACCGCCUGGCCCGGACGAAUCUUGCUGAUCCCACCCUUGGCCUCUACACGCCGGAUCCCAUCAUGUGGGAGGGGUAUUCUUCCUUUUUGGAAACCUGUGUCUUGGGCCUGAGCCCGGCCAUCUUCCAGGAUGGCUCCUCCGCUGUCAAGGAUGAGCCCGGGCAAAUUAUCCACCUGCCGAUGACUCCCCUGAGUGAGUCGCACUUCGUCCAGCCGCCGGUUGGCGUUUCCUUGUCGGCUGACAUCCGGGCCGGGUGCCGGUCUUUGUUGACUUCCCAGCACCAAGCGGCUCUCCGUCUCCAAACCCGCUGCCCUCACAUUCUCACUCGUUUGUUGGGCCUGCACCCGCCCUUCCACCGUCUGCUGGCCCUGGAUGCGGCGAUGCUGCCGCCGGUGUUGAAUUAUUUCUUCGAAAUGGUGACCUUUGCUCGGGGCGAUGAGACCGGUGCCAUUGCCACCGAUGACUGGCGUGUGUCGGAGGAUGUGUUGGCUGUCCGCCGAAAGGCCUGCAGCUCUCUCCUCCGCUUGGCCCUUGAUAUCCCCAUGUCGUUGGUGCCCCUCUUUGGAUCGCUGCUCGAUCAGGUUGGUCGGCUUGUCAGCCAGCAGCUGGUCAAUGAUGCCGAGCAGACUCUCCUGACCGAGUCUAUCAUUGUCAUCGGCCUGCACCACCCCGAUCGUGCGCAAUUCGGCGCCCUGAUUGGCUCGCUGCUGCAGGACCAGCUGGCAAUCUGGACCAGCCCAACCACCGGCGCGCAUCUCUCCUCGACCGAAAGCUUCUUCACAUUCCUGGGCAUUUCCUUCCUCAACGGUCUGGUUGCAACCGGAACGGCACAAUCCGCCGAGACAGAUCCCUCCAUCCAGCGUUCUUGGCAGAAGCUUGUCGCCGAGCGUCGGCGGGUGUUCCUCUCUCUGUCGCUAUUGACGUCCAUUCUUCGCCGAGUCAAUGAGUCCUCCUUCGUCAGGAACGCUCCUCCCGGAUCCGCUCACCCACUGGCGUCCUGGAUUCCAGCUAUGAUUCCGCCGCUCUUCUCCCUGGUCCGGUGUCUCCACGCCAUCCGUGAUCCGGCUUCCUGGGAGGCGAUCGCACCGGCUAUCCGCGAUCCGAUCCUCCAGCUGAGCGAACUUGAAAAAUCUCAAUUGAUGGGCCACUCGACCGUGUCCGAGUACAAGGAUGAUGAUUACCAGGGCCGCCGGUAUCUUUUCGAGAAUCUGGUCGACUCGGUCCGACUGCUGACCUCUCACAAGCCGCUACUGUGCUACAACUUCCUGGCGCAGCUCGUUGGCACCGGAUCCAUAUUCUAUGACACGCCGAUGCUGGUGCAAGGGAUGCAUGAAUACAUCUUCCGGCCGGACCUGCUCCAGCAUCUGGAUGGACGCUUCCUCCGGCAUAUGAUCCUGCUCUUUGCGCGGGGCUUCCUCCAGCAGGCGCCAUCCAGUGAGCAAUUGCGCCAGGUGGCCCUCCCCUCCCUGGGCCCGUUCGUCACCUUCAUCGGGGGGCGAAUCACCAGCGACUGGCAGCGCCUAAGCCCGGCUCUGCCCUCGGUUACUGAGGGCGACGACAUGAGCUUCCUGGAUGAUGCCGGUCAGGGGGACUUCCCGGAAGACGUGGAUCUUGGGAAUCUGUCUGACACGGUGAUCGAGCUCAAAAUCGUCGUCAAUUUGAGCCGGGCCUUUGUCGAGUGGAUGGCCUCACUCAUCGGACCGGGCGCUGUUUCUGCGCCGGAGUCGGCCCCUGCGCCCCAUGCCCCGGCUUCCCCGGCCGAGAUGGCACGCAUGCUGCUGUCGGAUCCGGCCGCCUCGAGGGCGGUGGUCACUUGCCUGAUUGCCGGGUGUGCCGAGUGGCGAGAUGGCCGCUGCUCAAAGGGGCUCAUCCAAGCGGCGCUCAGCACCCUUCAUAACCCCUUCCUGGUGCCAAACCAAACGGACGCCGUGGCCUUGCUGACGAGCGUCUACGCGGCCGGCGUCGCCGCCGGGCCUGAUGACGGCUUGCUGUUGGAUACUUGCCGUCAGACGGUGUCCGCCGCGGCGAUGGCCGCCGGGGUGUCCCUCUCUCUGCCUGACCUGGAGGAGGCCCUCCGCCGGGCGGCUGCCUCGAAGCCCCGGCAGCGCACCGCCGUUCGGCAAUUCUUCGCCCCCAUGGUCGGGCGCGAGAUGAGUGAGAUGUUCCGCGCGAAUGCCAAGAUCACUGCCCUGCCGGAGAAGCUUUUCAUUCGAACCGCACGUCUGGCCGCUCGCGAGCUGUCGGACCACCUGCUCGAGCAGGCUGAUCAGCAGGAUGCCGGUCAAAGCAUGGCCAGCCUAUUUGGCUAG